AUUGUCUCACAUACAUCUUACACGCCGAGAUGAGCGCAAGAGCAACUGCACAGCAGGCCCGCCCGGACAAUCAUGGGUCGCGCACCAUAACCAUCACUCCGACGACCGACACUGAGGCUGGGCCUUCAACUGGCUCGCCACCCACUAGCCGCUCCGAGACACCCUCGUCCGUCGGCGUGCUCCGUCUUCGCGGAGCUCCGGCUCGUCGACAGCAUGUUAUGUGGACAUCGGACACGGUCGAUAACGAAGGCCUGGGCAAGAAGAAGUCAAAGAUCUGCUGCAUCUAUCACAAACCGCGAGCGUAUGAUGAAUCCUCAUCCGAAUCCGACUCGUGUGACUCAGACCACGACGCAUGCUGCGACGACUCACAACCCCCGGGGGGCAGCCAACAGAGAUCGUCACAGCCCGGCAAUGGCAAGGUUUACGAGCAAGGCUCGGAAUCAGAGAGCGAUGGCGGAGGUGGAGAUGGCCGCGCAAGGCCCGCGCGCAAGCUGAGGCGAAAGCCACACCAGCACCAUGACUCCAAGGCCAAUAAGUAUGACUCGCAUCCCAAGGCGCCGAAGCAGAGCCGGGCUUAGCCACAAUGUCGCAGAUCUGAGCAGGGCCGUCCUUCUGUCUGUGAUGCCACGGGGAACUCAUAUAAGACGACGUGAUAUAUGUACGAUGCAGUGAGUCGGCUGC